UGGAGUCAUCCCAACUCUCGGAUCGGAGAUGCUAACGGGACAGGAAUCGAAGUGGGGGACCUCUCUACCGCACCUGUCUCCCCAGACAUAGACUACGUAAAGGGUAGUACUCUUGGAAAGAGAGAAGAUCACCGCGUGAACAAAAUCCAAAGUAACGAAUGUCACUCCCGAGGGAUCGACCACUAUCAUACAUGAAAUUUUGCAUAGAAUGAUUGUUCAUGUUCACGCCGGAGUGCUGAGGUUGUUCCCACCAUUGAAGUUAGAGUCUGGGUGUGUUUUUCUUACUAAUACGGAGAGGGUUCCGAAUGAUAAAGACCAAUCAAAAACUUCUUCGUUUCGUUGGUAGAACCCACGCCAACUCUUUUCUCUAAAUAAUAGAGAGAUCUUUUGAUAGUCUCACUUCUAUCAAUGCAAUGAAAGAACUAUCCCUUCCUAUUUGUUUGUCCUAAUGAGACAAAAAAGAGCCUCCUUCUUUACCACUUUAGGGGAUGGGGGUGAAGGGGGGUUUACAUACAACCGGGGCAAAGUGGUUUAUGAUUGAAUCUCAGAGGCAUUCUUAUCAUUUGGUAGAUCCAAGUCCAUGGCCUAUUUCGGGUUCACUCGGAGCUUUGGCAACCACCGUAGGAGGUGUGAUGUACAUGCACUCAUUUCAAGGGGGUGCAACACUUCUCAGUUUGGGCCUAAUAUUUAUCCUUUAUACCAUGUUCGUAUGGUGGCGGGAUGUUCUACGUGAAUCCACGUUGGAAGGGCAUCAUACAAAAGCUGUACAAUUAGGACCUCGAUAUGGUUCUAUUCUCUUCAUAGUCUCGGAGGUUAUGUUCCUUUUUGCUUUUUUUUGGGCUUCUUCUCAUUCUUCUUUGGCACCUACGGUAGAGAUCGGAGGUAUUUGUCCCCCAAAAGGGAUUGGGGUUUUAGAUCCUUGGGAAAUCCCUCUUCUUAAUACCCCUAUUCUCCCUUCAUCCGGAGCUGCCGUAACUUGGGCUCAUCAUGCUAUACUCGCGGGGAAGGAAAAACGAGCAGUUUACACUUUAGUAGCAACCGUUUCACUGGCUCUAGUAUCCACUGGCUUUCAAGGAAUGGAAUAUUACCAAGCACCCUCCACUAUUUCGGAUAGUAUUUAUGGUUCUACCUCUUUCUUAGCAACUGGCUUUCAUGGUUUUCAUGUGAUUAUAGGUACUCUUUUCUUGAUCGUAUGUGGUAUUCGCCAAUAUCUUGGUCAGAUGACCAAGAAGCAUCACGUUGGCUUUGAAGCAGCUGCAUGGUACUGGCAUUUUGUAGACGUGGUUCGGUUAUUCCCAUUUGUCUCUAUCUAUUGGUGGGGAGGUAUAUGAAAGAAGGGAACGAAUAAGUGGAUUGAGGAAUAAAAGCUCGAAGACAAAGAGAACUUCUCCGGGUACUCAAGAUAUUGUGUUUGGAGAGGUGUAGAUUGUAGAUUCCAGCCGAGCCAGACCCAGGAAGAAUACGAAGUCCAAUUUCCUCAACCGCGCACACGGAUAAGACGCGAGACAGUUUCUGAGGGAUAGAAGUCUUGAUCGGGCCAAGCCGGCAUAACAGUUAGUAGUUCGCAUUACUUUCUCUUCCGAAGCGCGCACAUUCGAGUUCAGUAUGGAUGCACUGAGCGCUUAAGACCACUCGCUGGAUGAUAUGGUCAAUCAUACUCCAGAGUGGGGACAGCAUAACAAUAACAUUCUAUCUUUAGAUUCGAGAUGU